AAUUGUCCAAGUUAUCGUCAUGAAGGAACUGUUUUGCCCGAUCACAAACCCACGGGGGAGAAAGUAAUUAAUUUCAGUCGUGAUCCGUCCGUGCGCCGGCACACUGUACUGUGAAUAUAAAUAAAACUGCUUGAGAUUGAAAGCCAAUAAUAAAAUUGGUAUUGGGCAGCGCAUGUUUUGAGCGGCGGACGUUUUGCUUUGUGAUAACCGAGGAUUGUGGUUCUGAACGUCAUUACACACCACUAUGAGCCGGGAAGGCAGUGAGGAGGUUCCGGCGAUAGAAGCGGCGCAGGAGGAGGAGUUCGAGGAAGAGCAGUACGUGGACGUGAAGUCGCUGCCGCUGCGGCCGCCGGUGGCCGCCGCGCCGCCGCCGCAGCCGGUGCGCCGCCCGUGGCACCCCGUCAUGUGGGACAGCUCCAUUAUCGGCAUUCCGCCACCUGACUACUCACCGAACGCUGAUGAGGGUACAAAACCAGGCGGCGAGUACCCGCACAAGCAGCGCCUGCGCAACCUGAAGCGGCUCGUGGCGGAGGGCAAGGUCAAACCCACCAAGGAAAACCUCAUCUUCUUCCUCUGCAACAAGUUCGCCAUCUCCGAGGAAAGGGCAAACAAGAUUUCCUGCUAGGAGUCCCUUUUCAAGUUUAUGUGUCGUUCGUGAAAUUUAUAUACGAUAUGUACUAUAUUUUACAUUUAUUUACUCAAGUGUGAUAUUUGUAAGCGUUUCGCUAUAAAAUCUUUGAAUAAUAAACAGGGUUGUAAAUAUAAAAAAUAAUAUUUGUAAAAA